AAGCGGCGGGUUCGCCGUCGAGGCCGCCAUUUCAAAUCGAGCCUAAGGUGCACUUACGGAAGCGCUUUCGUCGGUGGAUCUCCGGAAUGUUGGUGAGUCAGAUAUCACGUUUUAUCAAUAUGUCUUUGUAAAAUAUAUAUAUCAAAUGAAUUACUUUGCGUCCCACCGUACAAAACUGAGUAGUUCGAAUAAUCCAUAAAGGAGAAGAUAAAAAAAAGGAGCGGAUUUACCGUCUCUCUUGUCUCUCAAAUUUUUGAGUGAGAUGAAUUUCGAAAUAAGUAAAACAAACCACUCAAUUUGAAUUCGCCGUGCGCUCUUCACUGCAAUUUUCUGCCAUUUCCGUAUUCUCGCUCUCGAAUAAUAUUUUUUUGGGUUUUAUUUCGUAUUAUAUCUUACUGCGAAGGUUAAUUUAAUAAUUCAAUUGUAUUGCAUGUAUCUAUGUUCUCAUUUAAUAUCUUUUCAAUAUGUUCUCUAAUUUUAAGAAUUUUAUUUAGGUUUUAAAUACAUUUUAUAAUGAUUAGCUAAAUUGCAUUUUUGUUUGCCUUCGACUAGGAUGAGUCCCCGCUAGAACCCGAAUCAGUAGAAGGGGCCGUUCGAUAAUAUGAUGGGAAGUUUUCGGUAAAGAACGGCCAAGGCAGGGAGGGCAAAUUUGGUUCCAUUAGAACACCCGAGGAACUUUAGGAAUUCCAUGAGUAAAAUAACUAUCCCUCUUCGUGCUGGCGCGGAUUCACAUGAUUUCUCCUACCCCAUACCACUUGUCGCUGCACGCGAAAAUUCGAUAAAAUUUUAGAAUUUACUGGCUCGUGACGAAGGACAAGAUCACCACCCCAAAUAGCCGACAAGGAGCAGCUGGACCAUCGCGCGUGCGUCCUUAUCGUCAUGCAACAACACCCUAGCCACGUACUCGUUACAGUAAUAAUAAUAUAAUUCUAUUUAUCUGGCGCCCAACAGUGUAGGCCGAAAAUCAGGGUUUAAGAUGUGAAAAAAUGAAAAACAAAAUUUUACUCUAAGAAUCCCGCUCACACAAGAAAAAAAACUUUAAUUUUCAUCUAGUUGGUAAUGCAGUAUCACAGUGGGUUGAAAGAUGUGUUUACAUCCCAGCCACGGUUGCUGCGGUACUCAUGCCAAAUAUCUCGUCUCUAGUCUUACCUUAAUUUCGAUAUUAGGCGCAUAGGACAUAUAGUUGAAUAUGUUGUACGCAAGCGUUCAACUAGCCACGGCUGAUGUUGAAAGUAAGAGUGGGGCAAAUCUAUUCUAUUUACUUUUUUCGGGACCUAAAGCAAGGGUUAAUUAGACGCUUGGACAUGCAGGUGGUAAACUUAUCAAUAAGUUUUCACCUGACCACGGAUAAUGGGCCGGCGCUAAGGACCCAUCUAUCAAAUUUCAUGCAAUCGCCAUCGCGUCUGUCAGGUGCAUUGGAUAGACAGCCGAAAUCUUUAGAAAGAGGUCGACUGGCCACGGUUGACAGCGGAAAACGUAGGCCAGAUUGCAAAACAAGAGAGAAUUGGAAGAGAACCGAUCAGCUCUCUUAUAGUUGUUGUUUUAGUGAAUCUGAGUUUGGCAAUAGUCGAAGGGCUAGCCACGUAGCUCUGCAUAGGCAGCAAUUAUAUUAUUUUUUUCAUCUUCUUUUACUCACGGAUUCCGAGUUAAACUGCUGAUGAGGGUUUGGCAGGGAGAACUCCUAUGUUUGAAGGCAAACUGUUUAUAUAUUUCUAUCGUGUUUUUGAUUUUUCUUACAAUUUUUUUUAAGCUUACUUAAUACUUGAACUCUCUCAUUUAUUUGUUCCUUUCCUCUCAUUUCUGACUUAGACCCGAGUUUCUCUUGAGUGAUUUUAAAAAUUGAGUGUCUUUAAGAAUUGAGCGUAGAAAAUAAAACAAAUCAGCUGGUCCGCUUGUUAAGGUCAUUGACCGCAGGUGUAGAAAAAAAUAAAAGCAAGGAAGGAAUGAUUAAAUGUUAGGGAUUUUAGCCGAAUAUAAUUAGUAACUUUAACUUACUCGUUCAUUUAGCUGUAAAUUAAAAACAUAUUUUUAGGAUUUUAGGUUUCUUAUCUUUCUCAUUGGUUGAAGAUCAGAAAAAAAAAGGCCAAACAAUGAGCGAUGCCGAUAAGGUAGAGACUCCAACGGGGUCUAAAUGCAAAUUGUGCGAGAAAGACUUGGCGAUCUCCACAACUUACAAAACGAAAUGCGGUCAUGACUUCCAUAAGACUUGCAUAACUAGUCAUUCGAAGACUCAUAGAGAAUGUCCGAUUUGCGGAAUCAUUUGUUUUCAACUCCCACCGAGUGGUAAAACGAUUGUCAAUUCGCCAGCCCCCUCUGGGAAAACCGGCGAAAAUCGCGCUGAGGUAGACAUAGGGAAUUUAGUGACUCAAGCGGUCCAGGGGAUGAAAAAUGAUUUACUCACUCAACUUUCUCAGCAAAUGGCUCAGAUUAUACAAGCUAAUAUUGCUGCAUUGGUUCCUGGGAAUCCCUUAGCACCCCCAAACCCAAGCACAAACACCAACUGGACGGAUCAAGAGAGACAGCCAGUCGAAAAUUUUGAUCAAUUCCGGAGUGAGUCCAGAUUUACUCCUGUCAGCGUAGAAUCCGAUGCCAUUUAUAGACCAGAUAGGGUGGGCCAAAUAUUAAAUAGUUGGAAAAUUCGUUUCAAUGGCAGUCUUGAUGGCAUAAGCGUGGACAAUUUUAUAUAUCGAGUUGAGGCGUUAACAGAGCAAACAUUAAAUUCAAAGUUUGAAAUUUUAGCUAGCAAUGCUAGCCUAUUGUUUGAUGGUAAAGCUCGCGAUUUCUAUUGGCGAUAUCAUAAAUCCUGCAAUGGAGAGGGGCUCGAUUGGAAAGCUCUCUGCCAAGCUCUUCGAAAACAAUUUCGGGAUACCCGCUCCGAUGUCGAUAUCCGUGAAGCAAUUCGGGAUAGAAAACAAAAAGAGAAGGAAAAUUUUGAUACUUUUCAUGAGGCCAUUGUCUCAUUAACGGAUGGGUUAGAAGUGCCGCUCUCGGAAAAGUCCGUGGCAGAAAUACUAGCUAGGAAUUUGCGCCCUGAGAUACGACAUGAACUCCUUCAUAUCCAAAUUAAUUCGGUGGGGCAAUUGAGAGAAAUUUGUAGGCGAAGGGAAAGUUUUCUGGAGGAUGUGAGGCGGAAUUAUGCAUAUACAAAGGCAACUCCUUACCGGAAGCAAGUGGCUGAACUGCUUGAAGAUCCGUUGCCAGAUGAAGCCGCCGAAUUUUCCGACAUCGAAAGCGAAGUGGAAGUGGGAGCUUUGGCUUUGAUUUGUUGGAACUGCCACAAAGAAGGGCAUCGUUACCAAGAUUGUGAAGGGAAGCGUAGAAUUUUCUGCUAUAGUUGUGGAAAGCCGAACACUUACAAACCUUCGUGUAGUAAGUGUCAAAAAAACGCGAAGGGGUACACACAGCCUCGUCAGCGGCCGUGUGUUCAACGCCACCGCCCGACGAAUUCCGAGGCAGAACAAUAGACAUUGAAAAUACUUCUGUAGAAAUAGAAAAUCCCAAAUCUUCAGUACCAAAUUCAGUUCAAAAAUCUUUUUGGUCGAAGAAAAUAAAUUUACAAAUAAAUUCAUCUAAAAUACGAGGUAUCUUAAGGCCAGGGUACGCCGGAAGGUGGGAAAUGCUUACUAUGACCUGGAAGACUUGCAGGGACGAUUAAUGGGUAGAUAUCAUGCUAAGGAUAUGAAACAGAAAUGUAGCUGCCUCAAGCUCAGUCUUGGUCAGCCUUGUGUGUUUCACCCCCAAGUCUGAUCUUGUGAGGGGGGAAUUUGUAACGCUUGUGGCAGGUAAAUCGAUGGGCAGCGCCAUCUGUGAGGCAAAAACCGAAAGUGUCGCCAUCUAGUGGUCAGUUGGGUGCCGCGAUUGGGGUAAGAAUUUUCGGAGACGAAGAGGCAACAGCGUCAAUUGUCAUGAUCCCGGAAAACGGAGAGUUAUUCUAGGGGGGCUAACUUAGCUUCCCGCCCAGAGCCACGAGCUGCUGGCUUUCUUUCCCUUUUCGGCAGCCAUCGAGUGCGGUUUAGUUCAAUUGUAAGUCUCGUAUUUAAUAAGUUGGUGAAAGUUUGUUUGAAAAUUAUAUCUCUAUAGUGGCCUUGUGUAAAGUGACGGAUAGAAUUCCCAGAUUAUAUAUAGCGCUGAAUCCUGUUUAUGGGUAAGAAAAAAUGAAAUGGUUGCGAAGUUUGCAGACCCAAAAGUGAUUUUUGAUUUAGGUUUGGCGCUUAGUAUCCGAUAUUGGAUCCGGCCGUUGCUGUAGAGGGAACAAUUCAUCAAGUCCCCCUAAAGAAGAGCGAAGUCAUCCGACGGAGAAGGGAAAUUAUCGUCGCAUAAAGGGGUCUCAAAGCCUAAGAGUUCCCUAAGAUAAUUAUUUAAUCAGCUUAAGUCGCUGGGAGCGGAGUUAGGACUAAGAGAGGGCAAAAGAGUCAAAAAGAACUCGAGAUGUAACACCUGCCCAAAUUACACAUAAUAUUUAUAUUCCCUCUUCAUCAUCUUCGUUAUCUCCCGUCUGCGAGCGCAACUUAGCGAAGUUCAGCUUGGCAGGCAGUUUUUCGGCGCGCUGAUCUAGUUUAGACGUUUCGGUCCACGCUCGGACAAAAAUUUAAUUUAACUCGUCGAACAACAAUGCGGAAUAAUUGUUAAGUCGCCGCACGGAAUGUAAGGCAGUUCGGAAAGCCAAAGAUCGGUCGGAAUUCGCUGAAAGUGGAUAGUUUAUAAGCUAUUUCAUAAGUUU